UUGCACUUUGACCUUACGUCUUCUGCUACUUCCGGUUCAGACUUCUUCACAGAAAAGGAGGCAGGAGUUGGGAAUUGAUAUCAGCGCUGCAAAGAUGCAGGUGUGUCACAAGAUAUCAAGCAUACAAGCCUCACAGUUAUGAGAGAAAUGUACACAGUCAUCCUUCACAGUUGAAGUCGAUCCUCAUUAACUGUUACAGCAGGAUGGAACACUCACCAGUACCGUUACUGAUCAAACAAGAACCAGUGAACGCAGAUGUGGCCAAUCAGGAGGCUGUGGGAAGUGGUCCAGGACCCGAGUCUGGUGAACCUCCCCGCGAAGAUGCCUGGGAGGACUAUCCAACCCACUGGCAGGCUGUGGAGGGCGUAGUGAGCAUCGGACAGGCCUCCAGGAUCAGGACACCGUUACGGGGGAGACUGUACGUUUGUAGCGAAUGCGAGUACCACGCCACCCGAGCCGACGUGAUAAAACACCAGCGUCUUCACACCAGGGCCCGUCCGUACGUCUGCCUGCUCUGUAACUUCGCGGGGACUCAGAACUCGCACCUCCGCUCGCACUUCAAGCGCCACCAUUUCACGCCGUUGGACGAGGAUAACCAUAUGAUCAUCCCCCAGAGCCACUUCAUCUGCCAGGAGUGCCACAUCAUCUUCCCAACGCAGGAGAAGCUACAGACUCACUUGUGCGAAUCCCACACAAAUGAGGAGCAAACUCCCUCCAACAGUGAAGAGACUGAGAACAGUGAUGAUAUGCAGGUAGACUCCCUACAGACAGGCAAUGUGGGGAAGCAGAAUGGAGCACUAGAAUCAGUUCAACAUGUCAACAACGUGCUGCACAGAAACAAUGAGCAGAAUAGUCCCCUAAGGUCUGACAGUUGUGCAACGUCCAAACACAUGAUUUCAAGUACUGUACCUCCCACAGAUGAUGGAGUCAGCAUGAACAGUGCACAUGUUAUUCACAUGUCACAAAAUGAUUCAGACUUUAGCAGCAAAGGCACCACAUUUAAUCAUGAUGGUGCAUAUUUGCAGCCUGCCUUUGCCAUUAAUCAAGAAGAACAAAUCACUGCCAGCUCCAAAGAAAGUGUCACCAAUACUCCAUGUAGUUUCACACAAAGCCAUGUCUUUGAACAGAGAGAAAGAAGAACUUGUGGGAACCCUAGUAGUAUUGAAGACAGUGUUAGUGUUACUCAAGAUUGUGCUAUAGUAGGUAGUAGCAACAGCAGUGAGCAUGUACCUCCAAGUGAAGGGUUAGCUACAGUAGGCAGCAGUAGCAAGGGAAGGAAGACAUUUACAUGUUCACAGUGUGGCUACAAAGGGGGGAAGAAGGAUGUCCAGAAACACUUAACAGUACACACAGGAUUUCGGCCGUAUGUCUGCCUGCAGUGUGGCCACACUACCGCACAAAAUAACCACAUGAGGAAACACUUCCAGAGGAUUCACCCUGGACAAGAGGCAGAGUUUGACGUCAGGACUGAUGAGUUUUACAUUUGCAGCUCUUGCUUGUACUUCUUUUUGUCGCAGGAGACUUUUAGCGCGCAUUUUGACAAAGGGACAUGUGUGCGGGAUGGCACUGAAUUAUGUAGUGAUACGAUGUCCCCAAAUAACGUUAUGCUCCAAAAUCAAACACUAUUUAACCCCCAGGCUGCAAAUAUAGGUACCAGAGACUACGAGGAAGAACACAACAAUCAGCUGUGUGAGACGAGCUUUAGUUUUUCAAACACAUUUGAGGAAGGACAUCAUCUAACCCAAAGAAACAGGCAGAGAAAAAACGCUGGGCCAAAGUGUGCUAUAAAGACCGAUGGUACCAUCAGUAAUCCUCAAAAUACACAGUCUGAUGUUAUAAACCACUUCAGACGCAGUAUUAAUGUUGAAAACAAUUACAAAGAACUCAGGUCUGAAGAAGCGAUGUCGUGGUCUACUGAGCUAUCAUCAUAUGAGCCAACAGUUAGCAACGUCAACGGACAAAAUCACAUGAGUUUGCCCUCCUUGCAAUUGGUAGAGACAAGAAAUGAGACAAAGAAAGCACACUUCAAAGGGGUCCAGGGAAAUGCUCAAAACAGAACUUCCAGGCGUUUCCAAAAUAGCACCUCGUCAGUACCAUCCAGGAUUUCCAGCUCUCAGCAGAAUGGACAGGUGUCUUUUUCACAGGAGGGCUCUGCUCAAAUGCUGCCAGGGUUUUUGCAGCAGACAACAACACACAUCAGUAUGGAUGGCACAGGUUAUGGUACAAUAGCCUCACCAACAGUAGGGAAUGCAGCAGCAGUUCCAUUACAUUCACUGAAACAAAACUGUGAUGAGGAUGUUCACACUACAAAUACUGUGCCUAGAAAUAUCAGGAAAGCAGCCCGAAGGUCCUUAAAAAAGUACACACAGGUCCAAAACAGACAGAGGAUGCACUGUCAUCAACCACUGUACACCAAUAGGCGCAAGCCUAUACAGCCUUUUGUGUGGCACUUCCAAGGCAGGUCCUAUAUUACAUAUGAGAUUGCUGGGAAAACAUCAAGAUCUCUGCCCAAAGUGGACCGCCAGAUGGCGUGUAACUUCUGUCCGUACAAGACCAGUAAGAAGGAGCUUCUCCGUCUGCACAUGAGGAGGCACCUCUGGAUGUCCUGAUGAACAGAGACCUUUUCAUGGAUCCCAUUGCAUGCUGGGAGAUACAGGGGCAUUGUGGGUAGCUGAGGGGGCAAACAAAGUGAUUACUUGAUAACAUA